AUGAGGACUGUCUUGGUGUGCCUGCUGGCGGUGGUGGCGCUGGUGGCAGCGGAGACCCAGCAACCUACCGCUGACAGUGCCGCGCAGUCGUCGACGACCAAAGAGAAGCGCGGCAUCCUGGGACUGGGUGGCUACGGGGGCUACGGCCUCGGCAGCUACGGAGGCGGUAUCGGCUACGGAGGCGGUCUCGGUGGCCUGGGAGGCGGUCUCGGAGGCUUUGGAGGAGGCCUGGGAGGAGGUCUGGGAGGAGGCAUCGGCGGCGGUGCCGUCGCGGUGACCACCGUCAACCAGGCGGUCCCCGUGCCCGUCCCUGUGCCCCAGCCGGUCACCGUCACGCGUCCGGUGCCCGUGCCCGUGCCCCAGCCGUACCCCGUCUCGGUGCCCCGACCCGUCCCGGUGCCCCACCCCGUGCCCGUCCCGGUAUCCGUGCCCCGCCCCUACCCGGUAGCCGUCCCGCGUCCCGUGCCCGUCAAGGUCCCCCACCCCGUGCCCGUCUCGGUGCCCCAGCCCGUGCCCGUGACUGUGCCCCAGCCCGUCCCCGUGCCCGUCCCCCAGCCCGUCCCGGUCAGUGUGCCUCAGCCCGUUGCCGUCCCAGUCGCCACCCCUGUCGUCGCUGUAGGUAGCGGCCUGGGAGGAGGAUACGGUGGCGGCCUCGGAGGAGGCUACGGCGGCGGACUGGGAGGCGGUUACGGUGGCGGCCUGUCCCUCGGCGGAGGAUACGGAGGCGGUCUCUACGGCGGGAGGUAUGGGGGCUCCAUCGGAUACGGCGGAGGCUACGGGUACGGCGGCAGCUACGGCGGCAGCUACGGUGGCAGCUACGGUGGUCUCAGUUCUGGAUACGGAUACGGCCACGGCAUCCACUAG